AUGCCAGAACAAGCUUUUGUCUCCGCGCUUCGUAUCCCGACAAAUCGCCUCACGCUAACUCUCGCCGCACUAGCUGCUUCGGCCUUCGUCCUCCCCGCCGCAUACCGCGACUACCAGAUCUUCAAAUCCUACGGACCAGGCGGGGUUCCGAACAACGCGCUAGGAUGGAUUCUUGUUCGCGUGCUGUUCCAGCCCUUCGGUCGCGAAAUGCUCAGUACGGAGGAGUAUGUGCGGCGGAUUGAGGCGGCGGAGGGUCAUGGGAAGGGUGACGACGGCUUCUUGGCUCUUUCGGGCGAGCCGCUGGGGAGCCGUGGGGCGAGGCCGGUUGUGGGGCCGCAUGUUGUGCCACAGAGACAAUUGACGCAGAUUCCUGAUGAGGCCGUUAUGGAAAAACUGCGCAAUGCGUUCAAUUCUUUCGCGCAUCGCAAUCAUCAUCUUGUCAAGCUGACUCGGUCAAAUCUGGAAAGGCAUGCUGAUGGUAUGUUCCUUGCGGACAAUCUCCCUGCUUCGGGUCUUGCACAGAUCAUGAAGCGUGAGAUUGCGCAUGUUCAUUUUGGAAAUGAUCAUUCGCUGCAUGCGGUGCUUGCACCUGCUGAUUGUAAACGGAUUAUUGAAUUAGGCUGGGGCCAACGCCAUGCCUUCUCCGGAUCAUCGGCAAUGACCUUCCUUUCUCUGGGGACACGGCCUGAUCUCCCUGCCGAGUAUAUCCUGAUAUAUGCUCCUCGAACAGAGGCUGAGAUUGAGACAGUCAUGCAUAUAGUCUCGGCAAGUAUCAAGUUCAUGACGGGGAGGGAAGAUGUACGUUGA